ACCAACGACUGGUUAAUAUGAACUUGUUGCCAAGUGGAAUAUGUUUUUAUCUUUCUGUGGCAAUCUGCUGGCUGACGGCCGAGGUCGAUGCGUCCUGGUGGUACAUGGGCACCCUGGGCUCCCAGGUCAUGUGUGACAACAUCCCUGGCCUGGUGAACAAGCAGCGCCAGCUGUGCCGCCAACACCCCAGAGUGAUGCAGGUCAUCGGGGCUGGGAUGAAGGACUGGAUCUCAGAGUGCCAGCAUCAGUUCCGCAGCCACCGCUGGAACUGCAACACCACGGCGAGGGACCACAACCUGUUCGGACGCCUGCUGCUGCGCAGCAGCCGCGAGGUAGCCUUCAUGUACGCCAUCUCCUCGGCUGGUGUGGUUUACACGUUGGCGCGGGCCUGCAGCCAGGGCGAGCUGGACUCCUGCUCCUGCGAUCCCACUAAGAAGGGCUCCUCGCGGGAUGCCAAGGGCUCCUUCGACUGGGGCGGCUGCAGUGACCACGUGGAUCACGCCAUGCGCUUCAGCCAGGCCUUCGUGGACGCCAAGGAGAGGAAGGAGAGGGAUGCCCGGGCACUCAUGAACCUGCACAACAACCGAGCCGGCAGGAAGAAUGAGGCUGUGAUGCUCAGCACAGAGAGUGCUGUGGAAAGGUCGAUGGGGACAGGAGGGCGGAUCUGCAACCGGACGUCCCGAGGAGUGGACGGCUGCGAGGUGAUGUGCUGCGGCCGGGGUUACGACACGUCCCGGGUCAGCCAGACCACCAAGUGCGAGUGCAAGUUCCACUGGUGCUGUGCCGUGCACUGCCGAGACUGCCACCAGCAGGUCGACGUCCACACCUGCAAAGGCCAGACGUGACCUCGUCGCCCCCAUCACUGAACACUACUGCCCUGCUCA